GCGUGACGUGGCUGUGUGCGUUGUGUGCAGCGUGCAGCCAGCUCGUUAGCCGAGGAAGUGCUGCUUCUCCGUGCUCAGCAGUCGCUGUUUGACUGCUCACGCUGCAUUUCUGCUGCUGCUUCAGAGUCGUUAUGUGCGUGCCAUUGAGUCCGUGUCCUCGCACGGCCUCAGCUGCCUGCUUGCCAUUUCGGCCCCAAUCCCUGGGAGAACAUCCUGGCAAUUCCUACACUUCAAGCAUCGUCCAGUGUCUCAGGUUUAGUGCUCACGCCUCAGCAGAAACAGCUCUGAAAGUGAUGAUUUGCUCAACGCUGCUCUCUAUCCGUUGAUCUUGGUGCUGUCAGCAUCUUCCAAAGUUUAUUUGGAGUCAAAGUUUAUCAUCACAGUCGAUAGCUAGCAUUUUGCCAACUCAGCUCGGAUCUGUGGUCUCUCCUGCUCUGUCGUGCAUGCCACGUGUUAGAUUUGCAGAUUCGCGUUUGUCACCUUUAGCAAAGAAAAUCCCACUUCUUGCGUUCCUCAGAGCUGAGCCUGGGCAAGGAUUGCCUCACACUGGAGGGUUUGUCAUGACCGUGCCAGCUCAGGGUGCAGGCUCACCCACAGACGGCUGUGCUAGACCCUAAUGGCAGUACAAAGCAAAUGAAGACAUCCUCUACGCUAAUCUUAGAGACUAUAAAUCCUUCAGAUACAGCCCGUAUCUGAAUUGAACAGAGGUUAAAAAGAAGCACUGAGCUCUGUGGCACUCACUCUUAUCACCUACUCUAGCAUAUGAGAUCAGCAGUCCUUCCAGUGCAAGAUCAAGUCCAAAUAAAGCACGGGACAGCCUUUAUUCUCUCGAAAUGCCAGUUUCCACUUCCUGCUUUGCACACACCUAAAUAGUUUGGAGCAACCGCGUUGCUGCAUAUUAAGUCUCUGAUAAAUAACAAUUAGUUGCAACAGCUGAGAAUUAAAAAACUCCUUCCCCCUAAGAAAUAGUCUGUAUUAGUCAAGAGAAAGUGUCAGUGAAAACUGUAGCACAGUGUCAAUAUAGAAAUGAAGCAACAGCAAAAGAGACGAAAUGAUAUGAGGCUGGGAGGGGAGUUAGGAAUAUUCCUUCCAGAAAAGGCUGCUUGAUAAAAAUAUAAUGGUGCAAGAAAUCAGGCAGUGACAACAAGGCACUGCCAGUACUCGUGCUUGCAGAUCUCUCUGCAGUUCUAACUCCUCCCAGCUUGAGAUGCUGCUUACAAAACAGCAGCGUAUAUUGCUUCACCAGUGAGUGGCUGUAUGGUGCUAACUCUGAGGGGAAGUGGUCCUUAUUUUUCCUUCUGUGGAAAGAGAAACGUGGUAAGUUAUGUCAAGUAACACCCUGGUUGCACAGAGCUUAGUUUAUAAUAGGACACUGUACAGCGUCCUAUUAUAAACUAGGCUGUAGUAGUAUAGAUUGGGGCCACAUCUGCAUAAUAAAGACAAUGCUCCUGCAAGUUACAUCUUGCAAUACUGUAAUUACAGACUUUAUGGUCGGUAAGCAUAUUUAAACACAACUGAGGCCAACCGCAUUCUAACCUAUUUGCAUUCAUCCUCACAGAUAGAACCAAUACCUGUAACUGUUUGCUGGAGAGACACCUGGUGCAGUUUUUACUUUUAGUGAGACAUGACGAAAACUGCACUGCUGGUUUUUUGCCAGACUCCCCUGUAACUCACAUACGUUUAACAAAUACACCUUUGACCCAUUCAGUUGCACCGGCAUUAGCUCCUUUGUGCUCAGAACAUGAGUUAGUGCAUGGUAGAAGCUACUUAUCGUUAGGGUAUGGCUCUUUUUUAUUCUCAGAUGGAGCCAUUCACUCUUGAUGCAAAAUUCUCACCUGCAGAGAUGUAUUCUGAACGCUUAACCGAGUGGCAGCAUGUGCAUAUGCACAGGGAGCAGUGCCAGUGCUAACAGUGACAUGGUCCUGGCUUCACAUGACUUGUCUGGGAGGGGACAGCCAACUCCUGCUUGGAAACACCCUGACGCCUGUGCCUAAACCCUCAUAAAGUUUCCACAGCAGUAGUGGAAGGUGAGGAGUUGUACUCUGGGCUCUGUGCAGACACAAAGGACCUCUCCUAGGCUACAAGCAGCAGGAGGUGAGCCAAGAGACAGAGCUCAAAGGUAUCGCGGCUUGAAAAUACACGAUUGAAACUGAAGAAAUAACUGAAAGGCAAUGCCGUAUGUAUGUUUAAAAUACAAUUGUAGGCUUUUCUAGGAACUGUAGUUGCCUUCUGAGCUAUGCAGAGCCUGGCACGAUAGGAGACCCACCAGACACGACAUCUAGUCCUGUAUCUGACUGCACAGCGUGGCUGAUGUGCAGCUUUUGUGGGGAGCAGUUGAUGUUAAGCAUUUUAAAACAUGACUUGGACAAACUAGCGUUUCUGAUAGCUGAAAUGUAAAAGACAAAGCAGAUCUUAGCUGUUGGAGAGAUGAUGAAUGUAUUUCUCCUUUCUGAAACACCGCAAGAGGAGCACUCCCAAGAGGCUUGCUAUCAUCUCAAAGAUGAAGAGAGACUCUGGGUAUUCCACCAUGGCUGCACAUCGGGAGCAGGUAAAGACUCCAAGUCCAUCAUUUAAUGAAAGUAUUGAGCAGGUGCCUUGGAAAGCUGGAUGAGCUGAGCAACCUCCUGAGAGAAGCGACAGACCUAUCAACUCUCUGACCACUUUAGCACAACCAGGAGAUCAUCACUCGUCACUACUGAAACAUUUUCCCAGCAUUUUUUCCCUCCCAGUGGCCUGCAGCUGUAGCACUGAGUGGUGAAAGGCCUCUUAUCAUUGCAUGCAUGGCAAGAUACCAUAAUACUCUGCAUAGCCAGGAGCUGUGCCACCUGGCUGGGCCCGGUCCUCAAAGUGGUGCUGCUUAACAAACUCUUUCCCAGCUGGUGUGCCCCAGUCUCUUUACCUUGCAGGUAGGAACUCUGACUGGCACUUCAGGUAUUUACCAAAUUGUACAAGGCCUUUAAGGACAAGAUCUUGGGCGAUCAGUGGAUCAGGGUUUGGAAACCUCUCCGCAGGAGUCGCUUGGAUGAAAAGAAACAGGGUGUUAACCCUUGGACUUGAUGAGCGAGAUUUUUUUUUAAUGUGAACUUCUCUGUCCCUGCAGUUCAUGUAAUUAUACUGUGUGGGAUUCAUUCACGUAAUCACUUCCUCACGUGCCGUAAAAGCACAGCCUCCAAACACGACAGUUUCUGUCAGAAGGCUUUUAAAAUAGCUGAAGUGCUGAACUUUGACUGCUCUCUGUCCUGCCUCAAAGCAGAGCUCUGAGGUGGAUCGGGAGUCAUUCAUUUGUGUAGAUCUUUGAGAUCUUCAGCUGGAGGAGGAUGAAGAACCAAAUACUAUUUGCUCUAACGAAGAAUUCUGACUCUCUAAAACUUGGAGUUUUUCUUUGGAAGAGAAGCUCUGGGUUGCCCUGAAGAUGUCUGCCCUUGUCCUCGGCUCAGGCCUGCUCAUAUUCACUGCCUUAAUGAACUCUGUUUCUUGGUAUGUGCAAAAGAUUUGGGAAACUUCCGGCUACUUCUGGCAAACAACAUGGCUGAAACUUUACUACCUGUUGGAGGGAAGGGAGUGGUCACUUUUCCUCUUCGGGGCUGCAUUGGUUCCUAGCCUUGCUUUCUGGUGCUUCAAUGGAAUCCUUUUGGUGGCUGAUGUAACAGGAAAGCCAACUUUCAUUACUCGGUAUCGCAUUCAGCUGGGCAAAAAUGAUCCUGUGGACACACAGAAAUUGCGACAAGCCAUCUACACAGCGCUGUUUAAUCAGUUCUUUGUCUCCUUUCCCAUGCUCGUGCCCAUGUUCUAUGUAAUGAAAUGGUGGGGCAACACCUUCAGCAAGGAAUUACCCACUUUCCAGUGGUUUCUUGUGGACCUGAGCAUCUUUACCUUAAUAGAGGAAAUCCUCUUCUAUUAUUCACACAGGCUUGUUCAUCUCCCGUUCCUGUACAAGCACAUUCACAAGAAGCACCACGAAUGGACAGCCCCCAUUGGCGUGGUCUCCAUUUAUGCUCACCCAUUAGAACACAUACUCUCCAACACGCUGCCUGUCAUGACUGGCCCGAUGCUCAUGGGGUCUCACAUGGUUUCAAUCACAGCGUGGUUCUCCCUUGCUCUUGUAACAACAAGCAUUUCACACUGUGGCUACCACCUGCCCUUCCUACCGUCGCCAGAAUUCCACGACUUCCAUCACCUCAAGUACGUCCCAGCUUCCAUUUCUCCUCCUUCCUGUGCCCUGUCACUGCUGGUAGACAGAGCUCCUUUCUGCGAGUCAAGUGAUUUUGCAUCAUUCACGUACAAGCAGAGAAACCCAUCCGGUGCACCUCAUAGCACACCAGAAUGCUGUCAGGUUUUAGAGCAGUUAAACAGAGCUUUGGUUUUCAGAUGAUUCCAGCUGCCUUCCCACACAACUGCCAUCC